GUUUGUUGUGUUUGCAGUGACGGGUCUGUUUGCAGUCCACACGAACACCAUCAUCAUGUUCUUAUCUCAUCUUAUGCUACUGCGUCCCUUCUUUCUUCUUCUUUUUACAUUUUCUUAUUCUAAAUUUUUCAUUCUACCUGCACUUGGCCUCCGCAAGGCAUGUUUCCCACUCUGCUCAUUCUAAAUCAUUUCUCUGCUCUCAAUUACUUCUGUUUUUCUCACAUAUUAACUAAAUUUUGGAACUUGACUAAUGACAACUAGUGGGUAUGCAAUUAUGUUUUCGUUUUAUGUUACAGUUUUUAGCGCACCAUUUUGAACCGUGACUACCUCUGCAUUCUAAAUGAUAUGCUGUUAAUCUUGCGUAUUAAUUUUUUUGGGCAGUAUCAGGUUGCAUUUGGAGGUGAGGACAUAGAUAUACAUAUAUUAUUAUAUAGUGUGUGUACAUAUGGCAACGUGGGGUGCACACUCAAUGUUGUUAUCCCAUGGGGAAAGCACAGGCACUCCCAAUUUACGUAUAAAAGCAGGUUUUACGGGUAGGGACAGAACAAGAGGAUUUAAAUAUGCUCCUAGUGUGGUAGUGCUCAAAGUGUUGUCUUCAGCCAGAAAAUCAACACGUUUGCGCUUGUUAAGACCUUAUCGCCAAUCUUGCGGUUUGGGCCAAGGGAAAGGAUAUUCUUCCCCUACUACUACAAAAAUACCUCGGGAACAGAUAUUCAAACUCACGGUAGAUAGAAUGCUUGUUUUUCUCAAAGAUUGGAGUAAUUUACGCGUCACGGCAGUAGCUGGCAUUUUGAUAUCUGUUUUAAUGAUCAUUCCAUCAGCUGAUGCUGUUGAUGCUCUCAAAACUUGUGCUUGCUUGUUGAAGGAUUGCAGGAUAGAACUGGCUAAGUGUCUUUCAAACCCAUCUUGUGCUGCCAACAUUGCUUGUCUACAAACUUGCAACAAUCGACCCGAUGAGACUGAAUGCCAAAUUAAAUGUGGGGACCUGUUUGAAAACAGUGUGGUUGAUGAAUUCAAUGAGUGUGCAGUCUCACGGAAGAAAUGUGUACCCAAAAAAUCUGAUGUUGGAGAAUUUCCUGCUCCAAAUCCCGCUGUCCUUGUUAAUAGUUUUAACAUUGCUGAUUUCAGUGGCAAGUGGUUCAUCACUAGUGGCUUAAAUCCUACCUUUGAUACCUUCGACUGCCAGUUACAUGAAUUUCACACAGAAUCCAACAAACUUGUGGGUAAUUUGUCAUGGAGAAUACGGACUCCGGAUGCUGGAUUUCUUACUAGGUCCGCUGUUCAGACAUUUGUACAAGAUCCUUCCUAUCCCGGGAUCCUCUACAAUCAUGACAACGAGUACCUUCACUAUCAAGAUGACUGGUAUAUUUUGUCAUCGCAGAUCGAGAAUAAACCAGAUGACUACGUAUUUGUAUACUACCGAGGCAGAAACGAUGCAUGGGAUGGUUAUGGAGGUGCUGUUGUAUACACAAGAAGUGCAGUUUUGCCUGAAUCUAUAGUUCCUGAACUUGAAAAGGCAGCUAAGAAUGUGGGAAGAGACUUCAGCAAGUUCAUCAGGACAGAUAACACGUGUGGACCUGAGCCUUCCCUGGUGGAAAGGCUGGAGAAAAAGGUGGAGGAAGGAGAGGAGACCAUUGUGAGGGAAGUUGAACAGUUAGAAGAAGAGGUAGAAAAGGUAGGGAAAACAGAACGCUCAUUGUUUGAGAAGUUGGCAGAAGGGUUCAAAGUAUUUCAAGAAGAUGAGGAAAAUUUCUUAAGAGGGCUAUCAAAAGAAGAAAUGGAGAUACUUAAUGGGCUCCAAAUGGAAGCCGGUGAAGUAGAAAAGCUCUUUGGACGUGCCUUGCCGAUAAGGAAACUAAGAUAAGUCUGAAAACCAACUCCAAGAUAACUUGGCAACAAAUUUUUUUUGAUCAUGUUAAUUUUUUCUUUGCUUUUUUAUUCAUUGACUAAAAAUAUUGCAUGCAUUUAGAUAUCUUUCCUCCUAGAUCAUUGCUUUUAUGUUGACAUACUGAUAGUUACUCAAAUAUUUGUAACUGCGUUUCUCAUUGUUGUAUAUAUUCAGAGUAUCGUAUUUGCUUAGGUUUAUGGUAUGUUUGGUCACACAUUGCAAGACAGGAAAAGUUCCUCUUCAUUUCUUUUCUUAUUCAUUUCUUCCAUUACUAUGUUUCUGGGAAAAUAAAUUAUACCUUACAUUACGUGUGUAUUA